UCUGAAGAGGCCAGGCCACAACGCGACGGAUUCUGACCCGCAGCGUAGUAAGGUGUAUUUAGUAUUAUUCGGGGAGCUACAAACAGAAGUGUUUCCUCGCGAAGCGGCCCCCCCCCUCGCUUCCCCUUCGUGGUGGUGGUGCUGGAAGAACUCCGUGUCCCAGCAAGCCUCUGACGCAGCCGGUCACGUGACGCCCGCGGCGUGACCGGGCGCCCCACCGGCUGAAAGAGCCGCAGAAAGAGGAGGGUCUCCCCGCGAGCGCCUGUUUCUCGCAGCGCCCCGAAGAGGUCGGCGCUUCACGGUGUCCAUAAUGGAUCAGCAACAGGAAUCAGCUACUCAAGAUGAUACGAAUUUGAAGGAGAUUGAAGAAGAAUACAGUAAAGCUUUCGUGUAUAUUAAUAAGGCUCUGAAUUUGGAUGAAAAGGGACAGAAGGAAAAAACAAAGGAUUAUUAUAUGCAAGGUCUUAACCACUUGAUCAAGGGAGUUAGUAUCUCAUCCCAAGGUCCAGAAUGCACCGGUGCCCGAUGGGAGUCUGCCAGGCAAAUGCAGCAGAAAAUGAGAGAGACGAUAGAAAAUGUCAAAGCUCGCCUGAGCAUUCUAGAUGCAAAUGCACAGCCUAAUACCACUGCAAUGAAUCCCAGCCCACAGGCAUCCAGAUUAUACCCAGCAAUUCCUUCCAAAGAAAAGCCUGAGAGGCCUCCUGUACCAAAUUCUCUGAUAUCACCAUCUCAGCCUCUUGGGGUAAGUGGAUGUGCUAGAUCUCCAAGUCAAGAGCAUUUACCUGUGAUGACUUCUUCUUCAGUGCCUAAUGAAGCACCACCUGUUUAUACUCCUGAGGCCACUGAUGGGCACUAUACUGUGUCAUAUGGGACGGACUCUGGGGAGUUUUCAACCGUUGGAGAAGACUACUAUACAAAAUGCAAACAGCCACCUCCUGUUCAGAGUUUUGGGGUUGAUGCUGAUGAAUUGAUCCUCAUUCCCCAUGGUGUGCAGAUAUUCUAUGUCACCCCUGAUGGACAGGUCAGUGCUCCCUCCUAUCCCGGGUACCUUCGCAUUGUGAAGUUUUUGGACACAGAAUCAUCAGCAGCUCAGAAUCGUCCGCCUGCUUUCCUUCAGGUUUGCGAUUGGGUAUAUCCACUUAUGUGCAACCAGUCACCCGUCCUCUCUUGUAACAGUGGAGUCUACAUGUUCCCUGACAUGAUGUCUCAGGUGUCGGGAUCAUACGUGGGAGUCGUCUUAUCUUCAGAACUUCCAGCAGCUGACAGAGAAUUGUUUGAGGAUCUGUUAAAGCAAAUGUCUGACCUUAGAGUGCAGGUUCCAGGAUCCCAUGAGGGAGAACGCUCAAGAUCUUAUAAAGAGCUUUUUGAGGAUCGGUUAAAACUGAAACCUGAUCUCAUAGCCAAGCCCGCAGAGGCUACAGGGGAUGUGAUCAACCUGAGCCACACUGUACCUGUUCAGCCAGUGUCUGAAGAGAGGGAAAGAGAAUUACCCGUCUGGAGCGAGAAAGUAGCCCAUGGAAUCUUAUCAGGCGCAUCCUGGGUGAGCUGGGGCCUGGUCAAAGGGGCAGAGUAUACUGGAAAAGCAAUCCACAAAGGAGCUUCAAAGCUAAGAGAACACAUUCAGCCAGAAGAGAAACCUCUAGAAGUCAAUCCAACAGUAUCAAAGGGGCUGCACAUAGCAAAGCAGGCUACAGGGGGUGCUGUAAAGGUCAGCCAGUUCUUAGUUGAAGGUGUGUGUUCUUUAGCAAGCUGUGUUGGGAAGGAAUUAGCCCCUCAUGUCAAGAAGCACGGAAGCAAGCUGGUUCCAGAAUCUCUUAAGAAGGAUAAGGAUGGAAAAUCUACAUUAGAUGGUGCUCUAGUUGUUGCAGCAAGUGGUGUCCAAGGAUUUUCAACAAUAUGGCUUGGUUUGGAAAGUGCUGCAAAAUGCAUCGCUCACAGUGUGUCUAAAGAAACGGUUCAGACUGUCAAGCACAAGUAUGGGGAUGACGCUGGCCAUGCUACACACAAUGCAGUGAGUUCUGCCAUCAACGUUGGUGUGACAGCGUUUAAUAUCGACCACAUUGGAGUCAAAGCGAUAGUGAAGAAAACUGCAAAGGAAACCGGCCAUGCAGUCUUGGAUGAAUACAAAAUUGUAGGAAAAGAUGAAUCUAAAGCUAUAGAAAAGAAAGAAAGAAAAGAUGGACACUGAAGACAGUGGUGUAAAUGAAUUAUCCAAAGCCUUAAUGUAUGGUGUAACUUAUUUAAAAACAGCUAUCAAUUAAGAGAUGUUGUAUUUUUCUAACCCCUUAAAUUUUCUGCACUUAAGUUAUGAAACUUGAAAUCUAACCUCUUCUAAAAUGAAUGGUUUUAGGUAUCCAUAACUCCAGUAUCGCUGUAAAACUUUGAUAGCAAAUUUUGUUGUGGCAUUAACUUGCACAAUAGAGACUGAGAUGCUUUUAUUUUUACAAAUUAAGUGGAAAAUUGGAAUCUGGCUUCAGGUAUAGAGGGAAUAUUUUUGUAACAAAAUUUAGAGACAAAAGAUAAAUUACCUAACAGUUACUGAACUGGCUGAUCCAACUGUAUACGUAAAGUGUAUACAUUUACGUAAAUGUCUGUAUAAGCCAGUAAAUAGUUCCUCAGGCAAAGUCUAUUAAAAGCCAAAGAUCUAAAUAGCACUAUUCCCUGAGUAAACAAUAUUGAAUAUUUAAACAAACUUUAUGAAAUCCUGGAUUUUACUGGAAUGGGUAGGAUUCUGGCCUACUUUGGUCAGUAAAACUUAAUCGCAUGGUGUUGUUCAGCCAGUUCAUGGGAACAUACCUUUUCUCCAGGGUUGGUAUUUAUUGAAAGGUUGGCCUCUGUAUAAAUCUUGGAUUGUGCUCUGUAUCUCUUACAGGAUUGUCCUCCUUAUUUAAAAGCCAAUGUUACUCUUGCUGCCUUGUGAUGGAUUGCAGUGCAUUUAAUAUGCUGGGUAUUUAACUUUGCUCCACUUGAGUAUCUAAUAUAAAAAGUUCAGUUGCUGGAAAUGUACCAUCUCUUACUAUGUCUUAAGAAUUUGAUUUUCACAUUAUUGUGAGGUUUCACAGAAGCUAAGAACUAUCGUGUUAAUUCAGCCUUCCACAGAAAUAUGGUAGCACAUAGGAACACACUCACUAAUAAAUGAACUAACCACUUGAAAUGUAUUGUAGAUUUAAAAGCUAUAAAUAAACUUAAGAUGCAUAGUU